UCAAAUGUUCUCAGCUUCAUCGGUCCCACGCCAUGUGGGGGCGUUACCGACACUCUUCCAUCCGUUUCAGCUCACGAGUUCUUCUUUAUUUCUAGCCGCUAUAAUGUUGUCAUACCUCCUUUCAAUUCUUUGAUCUAUUUUUUUGAAUCCUCUGGGAAAAUAUCACCGUGGACUGAUAGCGAACUGUUAAGAUUUGAGUGGUUCUUUCUUGUUUAAGAGGAUUAGGGAAAAGGCGAGUGUUCUGUUUAGUGCAGGCAGGGAUUUGGGAUGGGUUUUGUGAGCUCUUUGCUGGGUACUUUCGGAUUCGGGAUUGGAGUUUCUGCUGGGGUUGUCAUCGGUUAUUAUCUCUUCAUCUACUUCCACUCCACUGAUGUCAAGGAUCCUAAAAUUCGGUCACUUGUUGAACUUGACUCGCUAACUCUGGAGCGCAUGCUUCCUGAGAUACCUUUAUGGGUAAAAAACCCAGACUUCGACAGGGUUGAUUGGUUAAACAAGUUUAUAGAGAACAUGUGGCCAUAUCUGGAUAAGGCAAUAUGUAAUACUGCAAAGGAGAUUGCCAAGCCAAUUAUUGCUGAGAAUACCACAAAAUAUAAAAUUGAUUCAGUCGAGUUUCAAACACUUACCUUGGGUUCAUUACCGCCUACCUUUCAAGGAAUGAAAGUUUAUAUUACUGACGAGAAGGAAUUGAUUAUGGAGCCAGUACUGAAAUGGGCUGGAAAUCCUAAUAUAACUGUUGUUGUUAAAGCUUUUGGAUUAAAAGCAUCUGCACAGGUCAUAGAUUUACAGGUCUUUGCUAUACCAAGAAUUACAUUGAAGCCACUUGUUCCUAGUUUUCCUUGUUUUGCAAAAAUAUUCGUCUCUUUAAUGGAGAAGCCACAUGUUGACUUUGGUUUAAGGCUUCUUGGAGCUGAUCUUAUGUCAAUUCCUGGCAUUUAUAGCAUUGUCCAGGAUAUUAUCAAGAAUCAGGUUGCAAGCAUGUAUCUUUGGCCAAAAACUCUAGAAAUUCCAAUCAUGGAUCUUUCAAGCGCCAUGAAGAAGCCUGUAGGAAUACUUCAUGUAAAAGUAGUCAGGGCAUUUAAACUAAAAAAGAAAGACCUUUUGGGCAAAUCAGACCCAUAUGUAAAGCUAAAGCUUACAGAAGAGAAGCUCCCCUCCAAGAAAACAAAAGUGAAGCACAGCAACCUUAAUCCUGAAUGGAACGAGGAUUUCAGAUUGGUUGUCAAAGACCCAAAUUCUCAAGCUUUGGAGCUUAUCGUCUAUGAUUGGGAGAAGGUUGGCAAACAUGAUAAGAUUGGCAUGCAAGUUAUUCCAUUGAAAGAGCUUACACCUGAUGAACAGAAGACUCUGACUCUUGAGUUGGUAAAAAAUAUGGAUCUAUCUGAAACCGAUGAGAAAUCGCGGGGCCAAAUUGUUUUAGAGCUGCUUUAUAGUCCUUUCAAGGAAGAUACUCUGCCCAAUGAAGCAGUUGAUGAUGGCGGUGUAGAUAAGGCUCCUGAAGGCACUCCGGCUGGUGGAGGUUUGCUGGUAGUUUCAAUUCAUGAAGCUGAAGAUCUUGAGGGAAAGCACCAUACCAACCCAUAUGCACGAAUUAUUUUCAAAGGAGAAGAGAAAAAGACCAAGCACAUCAAGAAAACUAGGGAUCCAAGGUGGGAAGAAGAGUUUCAGUUUGUAUGCGAGGAACCCCCUGUCAAUGACAAAUUGCAAGUGGAGGUCCAUAGCAGGCCAUCAAGUAUUGGCAUACACUCUAAGGAAACUUUGGGUUAUGUUGUCAUCAGCCUUGCCGAUGUCAUCACAAAUAAGAGAAUCAAUGAGAAAUACAAUCUCAUUGACUCCAAAAAUGGCAGGAUUCAGGUUGAAUUGCAAUGGAGGCCUUCUUAGAGAGAGAGAGAGAGAGAGAAAGAGAGAGAGAGAGAGAGAGAGAGAGAGAGAGAGAUCAUCUGACCUUUAUUUUCAUUAUUUGUUGUAAUAAAUAAUGUGUAUUAUUUGUAUAUAAUGCUUUGCGAGAUUUGAAGAUGUUGUUGAACUGCCUAAUCUUAGAUCUCUUUGGCAACUUGUUA